AGACCCCCCACCAUUUUUAAUUUCACUUUAAACCCCUCUUUACCCUUUUCUUUUCUCCACCUCCCCCUUCAUUUUCCACAAAAUUCAUGGAGAAAUCUGUCAAUUCAUCCAUCCAGCAAAUCCCUCACCCACUCCCUUCCUUCUCCUCCUCCUCCGCCGCCGAAGAAAGCGCCUGGACUGCCUAUUUGGACGAUCCCUCCGACGACGCCUACAGCCUCGCCACCUCCUCCUUGCUCUCUGACGCCGCUUCUCACGCCGCUUUCAAACUCUCCGCCCCUCCACCGCCUCUCUCCGACCACCUCAAAAUCCCCAAAAAAUUGUCUCUCAAGCCUAAAGCUCAGUUUUUUGUUGACACUUCUCUUGAAGAUACCGCCAGCUCUCCUGAUAAUAGCCCCAAGGUUGCUGAUUUUGGGCCGUUCGAUGGGAAUAAUCAUAGAAGAAAAAAAAGCUCUCUGGGAAAUGGGAGAAAAAUGGGAGAGAAAUACAGAGAUCAUGAAAUGAAGACUCGUGAAUAUAACGACUUGAAAAAGAGAGGAUUAUGCUUGGUCCCCUUGUCCAUGUUGGCUAAUUACUUGGGUUAACCACGAUCUCACUCGUACUCGUAUGUAGCCAAUUCAAACAUAGCUCUACAAGUAGAUCAUCGACUUCCAUUUCAAAGAUUCGUGGUUCGAUCUUUCACUGAAGGUCAAAAAAAAAAAAAAAAACACCCGUUUGUAUAUGAUAGUGAAAAUUAUAGUAUUUUUGUUGUAAUCGACAACUACCCAUCUGGAUUUUACGAGCACGGCUUUUAUAGUCGGCUUAUAUUCAAUAUGUAAAUUUAAUUUCAUCUCGAAUUACUAA